UGGCGCCCACUGAAAAUAAACUAAAAUUUAUUCGAAUAUUUCAACCCCUCCGAAUCUGAACUAAAGCAGAGCAGAAAACCCAGAACUUGGAAAGUUAAGAAAUUUGAGAGAGAGAGAGAGAGAGACUUGACCAUGGAAAACCAAUCUUCAAACUAUAUUGCCAGGCCGAGAGACCAUCAUCAAGAACCAUCAUCAGACUUAAACUUGAAGGAUUGGGAUCUGAAAGCCGCCAGGAUCAGCAAACACAACACCAGCUCAAGAAGGUUCUCGGCUUCCAACAUCAGGAGCUUCAGAGAGGACAACCGCUCUUUCCGGUCCAACUUCACCAUCUCCAGCACUGCUUCUUCCCCUGGUUACCCUUUUAGAGAUGAGAUUGAUCCUUCAACAUACUCCUUCAGCACAGCUCUCAAAGCAUUACAGGCAAGGUCAGGUUAUGUGUGGGAGUGCUUGUCGCCUGAAGGAUUCGCUCUGAAUUCAAAGUGGAGCGAUGCGGAGAAGUACAUAAGCAACCCGCUCUCUGGGCAAGUGCCAAUGGAGUGCUUGUCUGCAAAAACUCUCAGUGCAAGAUCUUUCCGUAACAUGAUGACCAAUCGAAUCGCCAUGUCUGCACCUCUCAUCUAUUCUGCUUCUUCACAUCUUUCAUAUUACUCUAUACAAACCAAUAAUAAGCUUGCCUCUUCCAACCCACAAGAAAAUGUGCUCCAAAUCCCAAUUCAAGAAAAGAAAGUGGCGCGACCGACUAGAGAUGUCGGGGUUCAGAGCACGCCGGCUGAUCUGAAGUCGAGCAGCCCGACCCCCGCUUCAACCCCGUCAAUUGGAGAGAGGAUGACAAAACGGUGCAGUGAGGAAAGCGGGGAGUCGUCCCAUUCGAAUUCGAAGAUGAAGUCCGAAGAAGAGGCCGGAGCAAACGAAGAAACAGGAGAUGAAGAAGAGGAAGGCUCGUCGAUGAGAGAUAGUGACGACAGAGAGAAGGAAGAUGAGCGAAGAACUUGCAGAUGCAGGCAAGUCGGGUGCCUUUCAUGGAUGAGCAAGAGGAAGCAGAGGGAGAGCCACAGGCGACCCGCCCGGAAAAUCAAAGUGUUUCUGUCACAUAUCAGAGCGUGCUAAGUGAUGUUUGGGGAUCACUUUUUUCAGUCUGUGUCGAACAAAUGUAAUGGUGAAGGACGGAUGGAGCGUGAAGAGGAGAUGAUGAUGGGGUCGACCGAGGCAAUUUGGCUUCGUUUUGUACUUUUGUUGGGGAGUGAAAGUGUGCGUGAAUUGUUCUUGUCAUGAAGGGAUGGCAUGGCAGCUUUUCUUGGAGAUCA